AUGCUCGGCUUGCUCGCCUUCUCACACUCGGCUUGCCCGCUUUCUCACACUCGGCUUGCUUACUUUCUCACACUCGGCUUGCCCGCCUUCUCACACCCGGCUUGCCCGCCUUCUCACACUCGGUUUGCCCGCUUUCUCACACUCUGCUUGCCCGCUUUCUAUCAUUCGGCUUGCCCACUUCUCACACUCGGCUUGCCCGCCUUCUCACACUCUGCUUGCCCGCCUUCUCACAUUUGGCUUGCCCGCUUUCUCACACUCCGCUUGCCCGCUUUCUCACAUUCGGCUUGCCAGCCUUCUCACACACGGCGGCCCGCCGAAGUCCAUUCGAGCCCGCCCCCUACCCUCUCUUCUCUUUUCUUCCGUUCUCUUCCCUAUCCUUCUCUUUCGUCCCUUCCCUUCGCAUCCUAUCCUUUUAAUUCCGUUUCAUUGCUUUUCCCCCCUUCUAUUGCCCCUCCCUUCCCAUAUUCCCUUCCCUUUCCAACAGUUUCAUUCCGCUACCCUCCUUUCCCUCCUCUUCCCUUCCCUCCAUUCCAUUCUUGUCCCUCCCUUUCCAUUUCCGUCCCUCUCCUUUCCCUUCACAACAAUUUACCCUUCUUUCUUGCCUUCAAUCUCCCCCUCGCCCAUCAGUUUCCCCCCUCCUUGCCCUCAGUUUCCCCCCUCCUUUCCUUCAAUUUCCCCCCUCCUUGCCCUCAGUUUCCCCCCUCCUUGACCCUCAUUUCCCCUCUCCUUGCCCUUAGUUUCCCCUCUCCUUGCCCUCAGUUUCCCUCCCCUCCCCUUGCCCUUCAGUUUCCUCCCUCCUUGCCCUCGGUUUCCCCUCCCCUUGCCCUCAUUUUCCACCCUUCUUGGCCUCAGCUCCCCCCCUCCUUGCCCUCAGUUUCAACUCUCCUUGCCCUCAAUUUCUACCCUCCUUUCCCUCAGUUUCUCCCCUACUUGCCCUCAGUUUCCCCCCUUGCCUCGUUCCACUACUGUUUUCCUGUGCUUCCACAUGAUUCCCAUCAUUUUCCACCAAUUCUAACCCUGUCUUCUCCCCCCUGCUUGGGCUUGUUCCGUCUUGCUCGCCCUCGUUCCAACCACCCCCGUUCCGACUGUUUUCCCACUCUUUCUCUCGUCCUUGUUCCCUUAAAUCUCUCACCCCUUGUGAAGGGUAGGGAAGGGAAGAUUCUCCUUCCCUCCUCUUGUUCACCCCUCCUUUCUCCCUUGUUCCCUUUCUCUUUCACCCCUUAUGAAGGGUAG